GUCUCUCUCACUUUCUUCUGGGAAAAAAAGAAGAAGCUCGCUCUCGUCUCUUCUUCCUCUGGACUUGGAACAUGGCCGCAAGCCUGCAAAAAUGGUGCAAACUGCCAACAACCCUCACGUUGGAUAUUAUUGAAAACCCAUUUCGUCCCACGGAUAAAAAGUAUUCAAAUAGGAUUGUAUUGAACUCAUACAAUCUUAUGCUAUGGCGGAGAAUACUGAGAAGAUCAUGUUAAAACAAGAUACCCCGACAGACACUGCACACGUACAAUACCUUAAAGGCUUCAAAGAUAGUAAGUCCUUCAUAAGGAACACCUCUCCUUCUCUCUUUUGUCCUUUGUUUUCAGUUAUAUACUUAUGAUCCAUUGUGCAUUAUUUGUUAUAUAAACAAAUUGUGCAUAUGGCCAAUUUCCUUGGCUAGCAAUUAUUGUCAUAUUAUUUAGUCAGGUUUACUUUCUAGUCUUAUGCCUUCUUGAAUAAUAAACAUAAAGAGUUAAAUAUGAAAUCUUUUAGAAUUUUUGAGUGUGACUCUAAGAGGUGAAGAAAACAAAGCAGUUAUUUUUAUAUAAUAAAGCUCGCUCUAUCUUAUUCUCCUUAAUCCUCCGGCUUGGAUCAUAGCUGCGACAACGCCUGCACUGGAGGUAAUUGAAAACCCUUUUUGUCUCAGGUAUGUUUCUUCCAAUUAUUUGUUUGUUUUUACUUAAUUCAAGUUUUUUUUAUCUAUGUGCCUGUUUAUGCUCCUUUAAUAUUUUUUAAUGGAUCUAUAUAUGUAUCUCAGGCUGUAAAUAGACUUACAGAAUUUAUCCCUUCUAUUUACGACUUUGAUUAUCCUACUGUAUUAUUAUAUUUUAUAGUUCUGCCAUGAUAACCAAGUAUAAUAACAGCUAGCUGCACUCAAGAACACUAUAACUUCAUAGCUAAAACCAGAUUUUAGAUAUAGAAGCAGAUAUUGACAUUGCAGGAUACAAAUUUGGGUUGGGAUGACAUCCUAGUUAUACUAUACUAACAUCUUGAAUUUUGAUAUGUUGCCAUUUCUUGUUUUGGGCGUUUUCUGUAUAAGAAGUACCGUUUGUUUUUGUAUAUACUUUUAUGAUGGAUACUGCUACUUUAUUGGUUGUAAUUACAAGACUUUGAAUUUCUCCGGAAUAUGCAUGAAAGGUUGAAAAAACAUGAGUCCAACUAGCAAAUCCUUUGAAUUUUGAAAAUGUGUUAGAUUAUGCUAUCAUUGUAUGACAUAUUAAAACAAAUACAAAGCUGAUGUUUUCCAAUUCUCAAGCACAUCAUGGCUUAAUUGUAAAUGAGGGCUAGCUUUUUUAUCUACACAUCUACAAUAUAACUAUAAGUCGUUCUAAACACAUUUCAUCACAGCUAAAAGUUUAUGUCUCCAUGUUGUUCAGAAUAAAAGUGUAAAUCAAAAUCAAUAUUUUGCAAACUCUGGUGACAUGUAUAUCAGUCUCUUGUAUAAUCUAUACUAUACUAUAAAAAGCCAACAUGGGUAUAAUUUGUAGUCGUACAAAAUUUUGGUUUGGUACUCUCUUCUAAAACUAAAAGUCUACAUGUAGAUAUCUAUUAAACAAUUUCAUAUACUAAAAACACUCCUUAUGUAUAUUAAUAUCUUUUUAAAUAUAAUUUAUAAUUAGUUGAAUAAAGGUGAAAACUACUGUUAAUAACAUAUAUUAAUAUUAAAAAAAUACUUAUAAAUAAAUGUAUAACUAAUUAUAAAUAUACAAUUUUGAAUAUCUUUUGUCUAAAAUACAUAUAAAUAAUUGAAGACGCUACUUUUUAAUUAUAACGUAUUCUACUCGAAAUUUAACUCCAACGUGUUCUAAUUCAUUACAAACACGAACCAUUACGUAACAUAUGACGAUAUAUGAGAUACGAAAAAUUUGAUUUAAAAUUAAUUGAAUAAUAAACUGUCACAUAUUAAUAUCAGAAAAAUAUUUAUAGAUAGAUAAUAAAUUGUGAAAGCUAAAUUUCCGUUAGAAGAUAUAUAAUUAGUUGGUUAAUAUAAUUUAAUUAAAAUCCAAUUCAUUAAUACUAAAAUACUAAUAAGAUGGUGUUAAGAUCUAAAUUAUAAUUAAUAAAUAUGAAUUAUAUACUCGCCCGUGCUUUGCACGGGUUAAAGGCUAGUGUUAAUUAAUGCAAGAAAAUAUUGUGAAAUUACCAAAUAAUUUGGGGCGAAAAACAAUCAGAAUGAUAUGCUUGGAUGGAUGUAAGAGGUUUCAUGAACUGCGGGUUGGAGAAUACUGUUUGGCUUACAACCCUUGACAAGAGUAGAAUUUUGAUGUUUUAAAAAUAUAUGACUGCAAUAGCCAAUAAGUAACGCCUAUAUAUUUGGCAGUUUCAUAUCAAUAUAUUGAUGGAUUAUUUGUCAGAUGAUUUAUUUAGUUACGGCCCAUUAGAUAUAGUGUCUCUCUCAUAGGAUAGUAAACUCAAUACUAACAUACGGAUUGGUCAUUUAUAUGUAUUUAUUUUAAAAAAGAAUUAGAACUAUAAAUUGUGAUUUGUAACCCAACAUUCUUUAUCAAAUUUUCUGUCAUAAAGUCACUAUAGAACAUAGAUCAAUAGAAAUUACUUAAAAGAGCUAUGAGAAUAAUACAAUGAGAACUUCAAAAAGCAUACAGAACACAUUCUUCAUCGAGAAGUGUAGAUAUUGAAGUAUUGAUUAAAAAAUUCAGGCAUAUGUAGGCAUCAAAUAUUUAACAACUAAUGGUUUUUAAAGUAGAAACUAGAAUAGUGCAUUAAGAUAAUCACAACUCGCAAGUUGAUUUUAUUACUCUGGGGCAUGGAAACAAGGAACGGGGGACGUGACCACGUAUUGCGACCCGGUUCGUUCGUCCCCGAUCCCGGAACAAACGCGACCGGAAACGUCGCCGAUCGCGAUCGGAAACGCCGGCAGCAGCGACUCCGAUCAACCAGGUCGCGAUCAGAUUCACCAUAUUCCGCCAUACGCAAACGGACACUUUUUCCCGCCGGCGCCGGAAAGUUAUGAAGCUGGUGUUGUAGCAGAAAGAUGAAAAAAGAAGAAGAGAAAAGAAGAUGAAAGAGACUGAAGAUGAAAGAGAUUGUACAAGAGAAGAGUUAUAAUAUGUAUACAGGUGUAUUGUAUAAUACAUGUACCUGGACAUUAGGUUGUCCAGGUUCAUUUUUGGUUGGUGAACAGCUGGCAACAUACCAUAUUAUAUUGUAUGUGAAAUAUGUUAAUAUAGCUGAUCAGAUCUUCGAUCAAUGUACUACAAUACAUUUUAUGCAGGAGUACAUUUUUUCAAAAAAAUAUAUCAGCUCGUUUUUUCUUGAAAUAAUAAUUAAAAAUAUAAGAAAUGAUGAAAAAAAUAUUAAUUUAACUAUAAUAGUAUAAUUAAAUUUAAUUUAAUUUAAGAAUAUAUCGUACCCAUACGUUCCCUCGUACCCCUGCGUUCCCUCGUACCCGAACGUUCCAUCGUUCCGGAAACGUUCAAGGUAGCCUUCCACGUUCCCGAUUUCGUACCGCGUUUCGUAUCGAACCCCGUCCCAUGUAACCAUGCUCUGGGGUUCAUCGAUAGAAGUAAUAUUUUAAUGUUGCUGCAUCGGAUAUUAACGAACAUAACGAUCAAUACCUGAUUUUUCUUUUACUUAAAUGACAAUGAAAAAAACUCUUAACAAUUUAUUCUUGGGAUAAAGCAAUUUAUCCCAAUUUGAAUUGGAUAGUACAUAAUUGGAGCCCAACCCACUCAGUGUUGUUAGAAUCGCGAUUAAUCUCGCUUCGCGAGUAAGCGAAUGUUUCGCAAGCUGCAUAUGACCGAUUUAGUGCAAUUAUGAAAUUGGCAUAAAAUCAAGCCUGAUUCGCGAUUACUUGCCAAAUAUCGCACUAUCUUCAAAAAUACAAAAUGAUUGAAAUAACCUUAAAUUAAAAAUAAGUUAUAAUCCUUUACAAGGAAGAGAAAGAAUGUGUAAAGUUCAAUGGAGACCCUAUUUUAGUUGGAGUCUCAGAGUCCAUUCGGCAUCAUUGAGCCAAAUUUAAACAAUGAGUCAAAUUUCAAACCUAUUUUGAUGAAGAUCAUAGGUUUAAAAUUUGAAUCAUUGUUUAAGAUUUUAUCCAACGAUGUAGAAUGGACUCCGAGACUCCAACUAAAACGGGGUUUCCAUUGAACUUUACUCUAAAUAAUAUUAUCACGAAAAUAAGUAACUCACAAAUUUUAUGUAAAACAGAUCAUAAACCAAAUUCUAUGGCUAAUUUUACUUUGUUUUGCCAUGUUUUACAAUUUUCAUGGUUUUUACAAGCUGCCUAAGAAGAUAUAGCAACUUCGUACCAAGAACAUAUCUGGCAACACAUUAAUACAAGCACAACAGUCAUAAGCAAACAAUGUAUUUUUAAGGAAAGUGUCACUGAACAAUUGCACCGUACAAGUUAAACUGGCCAAAAAGGAAAAAGAAUAGAAAACCAAUAAACCAGCCAUAUAACAAUAUUAAUAAAUGCCAAAAAGUAGUCACAUCCAAUAUUAUGUUAUUAAAUAAAAAAGAACUAUCCAUAUUUAUUUAUUUAUUUGACAAUUAAAGUUAACAAAUUAGCGAAGUUAAUAAAAAAGGAAUAGAACUAGAACUUGUUGAAAAUUGACGCAAACAUAUACACAAAUUACAUUAGGAUUUGUGAGCAGGUUAAAUUUGAUGUCAGCAAUAAAAAUUCCACUUUUCAGAUGUGCACUGUACACAGACAUGUAUACACUAUUUUCCCGGCGCUGAUCCAAUAACCAGAAAUGAGAGAGGAGGUCAAAUCUCACACAAAACAAGCUAGUGUAGUUGACAACCAGAUCGAUGUAAAAUAGGCAAACUGAUGAACUCAGUCACUCACAAAUCUAGAUGAAAUAUUGGGACUGACUUGAGCUUGCCGUAAUCCUUGUUAAAAGUAUCUAAUUGAAUUAAGUAAACAUUAUCAUAAAUUAGAAACCCAUCUAAGUUAUCACAUGAUAAUAAUAUAUACAUGAAGAGCAAUAUUGUUUAGACAUAAUUUAUAGACCUUAAUUACAAAUGAAACUACAAAUUAAACAGUGAGAUUACUUGGAUCGGUCACUAGGAUCUCGUCAUUACGCAUGGUAUAUAUUAAUGUUAUAAUAGAUAUCCAACAACUCAAUCAACAUAUACAUAGGAAUACAAAAUAAAUUUAUACACAAACCUCUUGUUUACUGGAUGAUAUAUGAGUAAAGACCAGUAUCCUUGGUCAUUAGUACUUGCGGAAAUGAAGAAUAGUAAGACAUAAAAAAAAUGAAACUCUUUUGCUUUGCAAGACAAAGGGUUUUAAACACACGCCAUUAGCCUAUAAUCUUAGCCGGGUUUCUUUCUCAUUCUGAAACCGUCAGAUUAUUUUGUUUUUGAGUUCUGAUAAUAAUGACAAGAUUCUUUUUGGUUUUCUUCGCCAACGGCUUAGACCAUUCCCAUCAAUGUAGUGGGGCCAGUUUUAUGAAAAAUGCAAAACUGAAAAAAGCGCAAGCUCCAAUUUUAAAGCGCAACUCGCGAAGUGUGAUUACUCACACGAUUUUUUGGCCAAAAAUUAAAUUAUCUAUCUAUCUAUUGAUCUAUCUAUCGUGUGAGUAAUCGCACUUCGCGAGUUGCGCUUUAAAAUUGGAGCUUGUGCUUUUUUCAGUUUUGCAUUUUUCACAAAACCUGGCUCUACAUUGAUGGGAAUGGUCUGAGCUUUUGGCGGAGAAAACCAAGAAGAAUUUUGUCAUUAUUAUCAGAACUCAAAAACAAAAUAAUCUGACGGUUUCAAAAUGAGAAAGAACCCCGGCUAAGAUUAUAGAUCAAUGGCGUGUGUUUAAAACUCUUUGUCUUGCAAAGCACAUUUGUUUUCAUUUUUUUUAUAUCUUACUGUUCUCCAUUGCCGCAAGUGAUAAUGAGCAAGGAUACUAGUCUUUACUCUUAUAUCAUCCAGAAAACAAGAGGUUUGUGUAUAAAUUUUUCUGCAUUAUAUGUUGAUUGAGUUGUUGGAUAUCUAUUUUAACAAUAAUAUAUAUCAUGUGUAAUGACGAGAUCUUGGUGACCGAUCCAUGUAACCUCGUUGUUUAAUUUGUAGUUUGAUUUCUGAACAAUAUUGCUCUUCAUGUAUAUAUUAUUAUCAUGUGAUAACUGCGAUGGGUUUCUGAUUUCUGAUAAUGUUUACUUGAUUCAAUUAGAAAUUUUUAACAAGGAUUACGGCAAGCUCAAGUUCAGUCCCAAUGUUUCAUCUAGAUUUGUUAUUGGAUCAGCGGGAAAUGGUGUAUACAUGUCUGUGUACAGUGCACAUCUGAAAAGCGGAAUUUUUAGUGCUGACAUCAAAUUUAACUUGCUCACAAAUCCUAAUGUUCUCACCAACUUCGCCAUUGAUGGACGUUCUCUUUUUCCUGGUAUGAAGGCUUUUUGUAGAUUCGACAUUCUGAAGCCGAAAUCUGACGUGAUAGGAGUUGAAUACCAACAUAAAUAUGCUGGGAUCAAUGUACACAUCAUGAGGUUGACUGGAAACCCUAUUCUUAACUUCUCUAGCUUUGUAAGAGAUAGCACUACUGCACUGGAAACAGAUGUCUCAUAUGAUAUGAGAACGGCAAAAUUUUCCGGUGGUAUUACCCUUCGCUAUGUAGGCCUGAAGAACACCUUCAUGUUUGGUUAUAAAGGGAGCACAUUGAACGCAUCCUACUGCCAUAAAGUAAAUUGCAACCUCUGGAAGAACAUGAACGUCAUUCAACGUGCAUUGGCUUCUCUGUCUAUUAUAGCAGUCAGUGCUGAAGCAAGUCAUAAUUUAUCUACCCAUCAAAAUACUAUCACCUAUCACACUAAGUUUGCAUUGAGUUCUGCGACCAUACUGAAAGCAUGUUACGACAACCAUGGUGUGGCAACUUUUGUUAUGUUAAGCAAGGUUAAUCAGAAUUCCCGUGUUGCCAUUUCAAGUGUGUUUUACACCAGGGAUUCAGACAGCAGUGCAAUGUUUGGAGUGAGUUUCGGUACCAAGUUCUAAGGGGCCUUUUAUGUAGCUUAUUUUCCUUCAAGGCUGACCAUGAGAAAAUGCUUUACUGUCUCUAAUAUUCUAUUUUCUCUUUUGUGAUACAUGACCAUUCUAUGACUUGCGAGUUAUAUUUUGCAACCUGCUUACUAGA